AUGCAAACUCUUUGAUGCUCACAAGUAGCAUCUCGGCAGCGUCCCCGUUGGUCCAUCUUUACUCUGUGUGGUUGGAGGUUCAUAACAGUAUGCCGGCUUCGAUUUGACCACGUGCACGCCAUAAUGGAGGUCCUGGAUGUUUCAAGAGAAAAGAAAGGAAAGAAAGAGAGAAGGUCGAAGUCAAUAGCCGAUCUACAGUGUGAAAAAUCGUUUACUGUAGCCCCGUCUGAUAAAGUCGAUACUUUAGAUACUUCAGAGUGGCCCUUGCUGUUGAAGAACUUUGACAAGCUCAAUGUGAGAACAAAUCAUUUCACUCCAUUACCUUUUGGUGCAUCACCUUUGAAGAGAAAUUUGAGGGAGUAUAUCAAAUAUGGAUGCAUGAUGAUAGAUAAGCCUUCAAACCCAAGCUCGCAUGAAGUGGUCGCUUGGUUGAAGAAAAUAUUGAAAGUAGAGAAAACUGGCCACUCAGGAACACUUGAUCCAAAAGUGACAGGGUGUUUGGUUGUAUGCAUAGACAGAGCAACCAGAUUGGUUAAAUCCCAACAAAGUGCUGGUAAAGAAUAUAUUUGUAUAUUUAAAUUGCAUUCUGCUGUGGAAAGUAGAGAAAAGGUUGCGCAAGCUCUGGAAAAUUUGAAGGGAGCACUAUUUCAGCGACCUCCCCUUAUAUCUGCUGUAAAGAGACAGUUAAGAGUUAGAACAAUUUAUGACAACAAAUUGCUGGAGUAUGAUGAGAAGGAAAACAUGGGCAUAUUUUGGGUCAGCUGUGAGGCAGGUACAUAUGUAAGAACGAUUUGUGUACAUCUUGGCUUGCUGCUGGGUGUUGGUGGCCAGAUGUUGGAGUUGCGAAGAAAUCGAUCAGGCAUUAAUGAUGAGAAUCACUGUGGAUUAGUCACAAUGCAUGACGUCCUUGAUGCCCAGUGGCUCUAUGAGAACCACAAAGAUGAGAGUUACUUGCGACGUGUCAUUCAUCCACUGGAGAAAAUGCUUGUGGGACACAAAAGAAUAAUCAUCAAAGAUAGUGCAGUAAACGCUGUAUGUUAUGGUGCCAAAAUUAUGCUCCCUGGAGUGUUGAGGUAUGAAGAUGGUAUUGAAGUCAACAUGGAAAUUGUAAUUGUGACUACCAAGGGUGAAGCUGUAGCAAUAGCCAUUGCUCUUAUGACCACUGCCACCAUAGCCAGUUGUGACCAUGGUUUAGUUGCCAAGAUUAAGAGGGUGAUCAUGGAUCGAGAUACCUAUCCUAGAAAAUGGGGCCUGGGACCAAAGGCUUCGAUGAAGAAAGGACUCAUUAAACAAGGUUUAUUGGACAAGUAUGGAAAACCAAAUGAAAAAACGCCUGCAGAUUGGCUGCAAAGCAAUCCUGAUUACAGUGCUGUCACUGUGAAAAUAGAAGAGGAAGAAGAAGUGGUGAGGAAGCGAAAGUUGAACGAAUCAAUGACUUCAGUGACAAGUGAGGGGAGAGACACACCUAAGAAAGAGAAAAAGAAGAAAAAGAAGAACCUCACUCCUGAGAAAGAGAUUAAACGAGACAGGGAGAGUUCAGAACGAGAACUUGGUGCUGAUGAAUCAAUGCAAGAUGAUGGUGCUCAGUCUGAAAAGAAGAAGAAAAAGAAGAAGAAGAAAAAGGAUAAUUUGGAGCAAAGUAUUGGUUCUCCUACUAAAAGUCCUGAAGGAGAAAAGAAGAAAAAGAAGAAGAAGAAAGAGCCCAAAGAUUCUGAAAGUGAUUAAAUGUGUAUACUAGUUACAGAUGUAUGAAGAGAACAGAAAUCUGCAUGGUGUUUUUAGUGUUCAGUUUCAUUAUAUUUAAUAUAGUGCAUUCAGAUUUUUAGUUACUUUCUGGAGAACAUGUACUUUAUUUUAAUGUUUGAGUUUUACAUUCCAAAGUAAUGUUAACUCCUAACAGAUAAUUCUGGACUUCAUUUGCAAUCUCAUUGAGAAAUGAACAUUUUCUGCAUUAAAGUAUAUUAGAUGAAGAAUGAAAGAGAAUUUCAUGUUUUAUUUAGCCUUGAUCUAGAGUAGAAAAAUUAAAUGAGGCACAUGGAAAUUCUACUUGAAUUAGGGUGCUGGGUCAUUCUUUUUGUUAAUCUUUCAUAUGUUUAAGUGUCAGUUGCUUUGUGAUUUGUAUAAAAGAAAAUGCUUGCUAUUGCGGUUGACACCUGAAGUCAUUGAAAGAUUUUUAAUGUGAACUGGUGAUUUUGAAGUGUUACCUUGUAUUGCAGAUGUAAGAGUUGUAAAAUCCCCUAUUCUUACCAUGUUUUACCUCUCUAUAAUGUACAUUAUUUUAUUGCUGCACCAUAUGUAAAAAAAAUAGAAUUUAUAAUUUUUUUAUAAUUGACAUGGAGAUUACUGAUCUUGGCAACACCUGUAAUUCAUUUAAUUCCAUUGAGCCUGUGCUGCAUUGUUGCUAGCAAGAGUGAAUAAAUGAUGAUUUUUGUUAUAUAUUAUGAGAUUUUUAUUUUAUUUGUUUAUGUGCAUUAGUUGCACUGUGGGACAUCUCAACAAUGCUCAAAUACAGAAACUGUAUUAGCCACACUUCACCAAUGUGAAAAUAGAGGAUUGAUUAGGGGUAUCUGGGAAAAAUGGCACUCCCAGAUAGUAAUUUACAGUAUUUGCACCUGCAAUUUGCUACAGGAUUAAUUUCAUUGAUGGCUACUUAUGUUAUUGGACCCUUGAGCUGAUUAUUACAUUCAAUGUGGAACCAAAUGCUUUCUUGUUCCCACUAAUAUCUCAAAUUUGGUUUUUCUGCAAGUAUACUUUGUGUGGAAAUCUAACUUUAAUACAAUGGAAGCCAGCUAAGGUAUAAAUUUCAGCUACUACCGAUUUGAAAACAAGAUUUGCCCUUUAGUCAUUAAUAUGAAUGUUAAAUAUUUUGGUAUUGAGGGAAAAAUGUCAAAUAUGUCAAGGGAAAAGAAGUUGGGUAAUUCCACAUCAAAUUGCACAUGCAUAAGUGUUCCCAAUUUUGUAGCAACUUGAAACUUGUGAUGGGUUGAUGUGAACGUAGACAUUUUUUUCCUUUGAUCUCUAAUCCUACUCAUUCCGAAAAUAUAACUGUUUUUUAAGAAUUGUGUGCAUGGUUACCUUUAAAUAUUUGUCACUGCCAAAAAAAAAUUUAAAAAACUCAAAUUAAACUUUAAAAGAUGUGCUUUUAUGCAACGAGAAUGUAAUCAUUGAUAAUUUAUUAUUUUAGUAUUUAAAGUAGAUUUUCAUUUUUAAAAUACAAAUAUAAACAACUCCUAAAAUUAAUUUGAAAAAUUAUAGUUUUUUACUGUAAUGUUUAUAUCAUCAAAUUUUAAGAUGGGGGUAUGAAUGAGUUUAAAGUAGAUUACGGAAGCAAGCACUGCCCCGAGUACACCAGGAAUCUUCAAGGAUAUGAUAUCCAAACGCCUCAGUAAGCAUGAAUCGUGACAAGCUAGGGGUUGCAGGAAUGCCCAUGUUUCGAAGGGGAGGUUUGGUUCUCUCAGAACUGGAGAGUAUAAACGCGAACCGUAGCGUGUAAAUUUAAAGGGCAAUUGGCGAGAAUACAGAAUGUUACAUGUGGUUCAAGUAAUAUUUCCUUUUGUACUAUAUUGGAAAUGUUUGUGUUCACUAGAGAUGAUAAUAUGAAAUGUGUAUAUAAUAUAUUUUCAUAUAUAAAUACAUAUAUGGACUCAAAGUAUUUAAUUGCUUUUAGAGCUGAUAAUUUAAUUUGCUUUGCUAUGACAUAAUACAAAUUCAGUGUGGUGCUAAAAAAAGAACUGUAAUAUUGAAUCAUUUUUGUUCAAAGAUGACAGUAAU